CACUUUUCUCUUGCCAACUUUUUACAGCGCCCUUCUCUUGCCCAAGCUACCACCGUGUCUCCCCACACGUUUUCAUUGUACAAGGGGUUUCUCGCUCUACUUUCCCACCACGCUUUUUUUUUUCGUUUAUUUCUCUGGAUUCCUGGAAACAGCAUAGGCACGCUCCAAGCACACGGACACAUACAAAAUUACUAAUUUGCAACAGUAAAACAGCACCACAAUGCCGGCGAAUUGGGCUUCCGUAACAAAGAGUGGAACUACGCAGACUGCCAGCAAGCCCACAGCGGCGCCAAAAGAGCGGAAGCACCAGCAGCAGAAGACUGCUCCUAGAAACAAUUACGCACCCAGCAUAGCGGUACCCCAGAUCAAUCCGGACAUUGAGCAGUCGCUGCUCAAAAUCGGCAGGCUCGCAAUCAACGUUGCCAAACACCAGCGAGAUGUUAAGCUCCCACUCUACAUUCCUGACGAUCCAGUCUACUGGAAAAAUCAGCUGAACCAGCGCCGACUGCGUAAAAAAGCCAGGCGUGACCGCAGCAACGGCAUUGUCGCGCCACCAGCGGCAGGCACAAAACCGCAGCCCAAAUCAGAACAGCAGCCAAAGGAAAGGCCAGUAGAUACACCCAACCCGCCCGAGUCCGAGGCUAAGCCUGCACCAGCGCCCAAACCAAAGCCCAGCAGCUGGGCACAGUUGAUAAAAGAUGCCAAUGCAUCGAAGCCUGGUACCAACGGUGUAGCAAAUACAUCAGGCAUUGCGGGACAGGGCAGCGGAAUGAAGUCUGGAGGAUUCAGGUCUCUGGAGGAGGCACUGGAGAACUGGGCUGUCGCAUUUGACGCGCCGCCGGUCCAGCCGCGCGGGCUAGUUAACACAGGCAACAUGUGCUUCAUGAACGUGGUCCUGCAGGCCCUGUUGUACUGUGCGCCGUUCUACAACAUGCUGUGGAGCAUCAAGGAGAACGUUGCAUUCAGCUUCAACACAUCCACACCGUUGCUAGAGGCUCUGAUCCAGUACGUGCACGAGUUCAAGCGAGAUCGCACAGCGCUGGCUCAGCUGGCCAGUGAGCUGGACGAGCCAUUUGUCCCCGAGAACGUGUAUGAGGCACUGCGGAAAAAGAACGUGUUCCAGACCCUGCGUGGGCAGCAGGAGGACGCGCAAGAGUUCAUGAGCUAUCUUGUCGACGGAAUCCACGAUGAGCUGGCGUCGAUCAUGCAGGUGUACCAGGCAAAGCGGCAGGGUGUUGCGGUGGCUGCCAACGGCGCAAAUGUGGCUGCAGACAGCGAUGACUGGCUUGAGGUCGGCCACCAGAACAAGGCCAGCCUCGUACGUGAUGGCGGCGCAUCAACCAGGACGCCGAUAUCGCAGAUCUUUGGCGGCUCGCUGCGCUCAACCCUGAGCAUCCCCGGCGCAGCCCUGGCUGGAAUCAGCAACGGCUCAAUCUCCCGCGCGCCGCAGAGCUCGAAUCGCGAGCCGUUCCAAUGGCUGGCACUGGACAUCUCGUCGGACAGCGUCGAGUCGAUCGAGGACGCCUUUGACGAAUUUGUUGCCCCCGAGGUCAUUGAGGGCUACAUGCCGCUGCCUGGUGGCAGUGCUGUGGAUGCCACCAAGCAGGUGCUGCUCGAGAGCCUGCCACCGGUGCUGAUGCUGCACCUGAAGCGCUUUGUGUUCUGUCCAAACGAGGGUGUGCAAAAGGUGCACAAGUUUAUCGAGUACCCGGCCACCCUGACGCUGUCGCCCAAGUGGUUUGCCAAGGGUGCCAACGUGGCAAAGUACCGCAACGCAAAGUACCGCCUGACCGGCGUCGUGUACCACCACGGCUCGCAUGCGUCGGGCGGCCAUUACACAUGCGACCUGCUCAGGGCCUCGAACGAGUGGCUGCGCUUUGAUGACGUUGACAUUGACUGUUUGAGCUCAGUCGACGAUGCACUGGACGAGAAGAAGGACCGCACUGCGUACAUUCUGUUCUACACGAUUUGCCAUUAGACUAUUCUCAAUUGAUGCCCUAGCCUCUAUGUCCCUUAUGAACACGUG